CCACACAAGUCUCACAAACACAACACAAGAAAGGAAAUUGAAAUCUCACUAGAAACUUUUCAGACUUUCCCAAAACAAAUUCCCGCCUUCCAUUGAAAAUCCAAUAAUCUCUCUCCCCAUCAUUAUCCCAAAAAGUUCUCUCGUCUUUCGGUUUGGCUCCGCCUCAUAUCUCCUUCUCAAAAUUUCUCUGCCAACCAGAGCCAGAGGAGAAAGUAGUAGUAGACAUGGAUUUUGCUCUUCCAUCUCCUAGUUCCAAAAUUCAGAAGCUUGUGAAAAGAGAGGACGAGGGUGAGGACAAAGAUAUAAUCAGCAAAUUACCUGACAUCAUUCUUCUUUACAUUCUCUCAUUUCUCCUGACCAAGGAUGCAGUACAAACAUCUAUCUUAUCAACAAAAUGGCGUUACUUGUGGACUGGUAUGUCAAACUUUGAUUUUAAUGAUGAUUUGUCUUACGAGAAGACGAAAGAAAAAAAUAUAGAGCUGGGGACGUGUUUACUUAAAUUGGUGGAUAGAGUACUCCUUCAUGAUUCUGCACAUAUACAAAAAUUGCGUCUAUCAUUUGAUAUGCCUGUCAGACUGAUCUGUCCUUAUUUGUGGGUAAAAUUUGCAGUAAUGCGUAAUGUUCAGGAGCUUGAUCUUUCUCUACCCGUAAGAGCAACCUUUUUGUUGCACUCUAGCCUUUUUACUUCUAAAUCAUUGAGUAAAUUGCAGUUAUACAUGGACUGCGUUUUAAGGGUUCCAAGUUCCAUUUGCUUCUCAGCCCUCAAGAUGUUACAUAUUUCAGUUACAUUUUUGGAUGACCAGUCCUGCCAACAACUUUUUUCUGGCUGCCCAGUCCUCCAAGAGUUGGUCUUAUACAGUUGUGUAUAUAAGAAUAUCAAGAGUGUCAUCAUUUCUAUUCCAACCUUAAGGAGGCUGACCAUCUAUGAGUGCCCUUUAGCUCCAGAUGAUUUCCUUAAAUGUGAGAUCAAGAUUUAUGCGACAAACCUUAUAUCUCUAAGCUGCCAAACUUAUUUAACAGUUGACCUUUCGUUUUGUAUCCUCUCUUCAUUGGUUGAUGCAUUUGUUGAUGUCACAAACGGGAAUGAUUACCUACAGGCUGCUGACCGUGCACUCAAACUACUUGCUGGAAUACAGGGUGUCAAGUCUCUUAGAAUAUCAAAUGAAACCCUCUUUUGUGUCUCCUAUGCAGAAAACAUUCGCACUCAUCUUCCUACGUUCCACAAUUUGACGCGUUUAGAGGUGUAUGUGGAACCUUCUGCUGAUCCUGGUGAAUAUACUGAUGAAACGCUGAUGGACAUUCUUCAAAAAACACCUAGUCUAGAGUCUCUAGACAUAUCUGAGGGACUUGACCCGAGAACUUGCUUAGCUGGGGAAGACUGGAUAUUGAACUCAGUACCCCAUUGUUUAAGAUAUUGUCUCAAGGAGUUUAGCAUCUCAAAUUUUAACGGAAAAGUAGCUGAAAUAGAAUUACUAAAAUAUUUGUCAAAGAAUGCAAUCAUUUUGGAGAGGAUGAGGAUUUAUAGUUCAGAGACUUUUGAAGCAGAUUUGAAGAAGCAAGAGGAGAUCAACAAUCAGUUACAAAUACUUCGUGAGGGCUUAGUGAGUUGCAUAAUUGAGUUCUUGUAAAAUUGUAGAGAAUUUCCUGGAAACUCAAUAGUUCUCAAAACAUCCUUGAAUUGAUUUCUGGACUUCCAUAAUUUAGUUUACAAGAAGAGUUGUGUUCGU